AUGUGUGAGCCCUGGGAGCUCCUGGCCGUCGACUUCGGGACCGUCUCAGGGCAAACCUUCGACGAAGAAAGCCUCAGCAGCGGCGACAGCGAGAGCGUUCGCACAGAAACCGACUGCAGCGGCGCGGAGGACGAUGUUGACGACUUUCCUAUGGAUCCAGCGGAGGUUACGUCGGAAAGGGGAAAAAACAGUAUUAUUCUCCAGGUGCAGCCGUGUUCCAAGCCCAUUGCCGACAAGGUUCAGGGUGUAGAGGAGCCGACGGUGGUGGUGACUAGGCCAGUUGAGCCAUUGGAAACUGUGGGGAUGAAGGAAAAGACUCCUUUGACUGGUAGCCCAGGCGAUAAUGCUUGUGAGCAGGAUGGGCCAGAAAGUUCUGCCGCAGCCGCAUCAGCUGUCGACGUCCUCCCUCAAUACGUGUACAGCCGUAGGAGACCGAGAGCUGGCCUCCACGCCGUAGCAGAAGAAGGAUUCGCUGCCUCCUUUGCGUAUACCGCGACUGCUUGUAACGCACCCGUGUCGGUCAGGCCGGCGCUACCCCACCCGAGAGCGCCACAGGCUUACGCGCUAGGCGGUAUUAGCACUUCGGUUAUCCCGACGGACGUCUCGUCUCAGGCGCAAGGGCAGUGCGCUCGCGCCAUCCAAUGGCCCGCAGUGACUGCGGGUCCCGCGAACGUGGAAGCGGCUGACGUGGCAGUAAAGGAGGAGGUAGCUGGGGGGGCAGCAGCAGCCGCGGGGGGAAAGGGGAAGGAGAAGCGGUGGGGUUACAAGCGGCCGUUCUGCCAAGUGACUCUUCAGCUGGAGGAGAUCGAGCAGCAGGACAUCUCGCUCAUAUCGUGCGCGAAGAGGCGACGGCGGCAGCAGCAGCAGCAGCAGCAGCAGCUGCAACAUCAUCAUCAUCAGCAGCAGCAGCUGCAGCAGCAGCAGUACGUGAAGGAGCAGCGGCAGCGGCAUGGAAAGUAUGCAUAUGCAGGAGUGGGGGGUCGGCGAGAGGACGACGCCGCUGCUGUUGAUGACGACGGUGAAAUGAGCGACCUCCAACGAUGCGCCAUCCUGCUGCUGCGCCUGAGGAACCACAGGUCCGUGCCGUGGUUGAACUACAAGGGCUGGCUGGCGCGCCUGAGCUCGGGGUACUACGCGGACCCGCCAUCGUUCGUGGACGACGUGCGCGCUGUGUUCGCCGAUGCCACGCGCUGCCUCCCUGCCGGAUACUGCCUCCGGAUGUUCGAGGCGGAUGUGGGGCACUUCCGCAUCACAGCCCCCGCUGUCCUCUCUCUGUUGCUGCUUGACACUCCCCUCCCUGGAACGGACACUUCUCUUUGCUCCACUGCCACCGCUGCCACCGCGGCCACUGCUGCGCUUCACGCCCCUUCCACCAUCGCCACCGCCACUACUGCUGCCAUUGCGUCUUCUUCUCCGUCCUCUUCUCAUCCCCCUCCUGCUUCCGCUGCUGCUGCUUCUUCCGUGGCCGCUUCAGCCAGCCUUCCCGGCCGUGAUGCCCCUCCGCGGCCGCCCAUACAGACGCUCGCGUGCGCGCCCCCCUGCCAGCAUCUAUCAGCGCGCUUCUUCUCCCACCACUCGUGCGAGCCAGACCCGCCCGUAGAUCUAGAGGGCGUUCGUCUUCUAGACGUGGACCCGCAGGCGUGCUUACAGUCGUCGCACAGCGAUUCUGGCGGCGACUUAAGUGGCGGCGACCUAAGUGGUAGCGACUCACGUGGUACUGGGGAGGUCGGGGGGGAGGGGAAGAGGGAGGGGGAUGAGGAGGGGGAGAGCGACGAGGUACGGACGGGAAGCGGCGGGGUGGCAAGGGGGAAUCGCGGGUCAUCGUGGCAAUGGGAGGAGGGUGAGACGAAGGGGAGCGGGAGAGGGCAGGAGGAGAGGAGGAGACGUGCGAUGGUGUGGGUGGGAGGAGGUGGUGGGAGGAAGGGCGGCAGGGGCGAGCGGCUGGUGUUGCUGCCUCAGAAGAGGCGGACGAGGAGGGAGAAGGGGCGAAGGAGGGGCGUGGAUGGGUGGGAUGUGGCGGGCGCGGAGGAGGCGGUGGUGGGGAAGGGUGCGGGGAGGGGAUGUGCAAGGGCGCGAGUGCAUUCUGUGGCAGGGCAGCUGAAAGGGAGGCAGAUGUUAGCUUGGCUGUCGCUGGCUGAACGGGCUGGUUUUGACGGUGGGAGGCGGGCGAGGGUGGGACGGGAAGAGGAGGCAAAGGUAGGGGUGGAAACAGUCAAGGUGGAGGCUGGGGAGGGCAGGGACGGGGAUGGGGAUUGUCGAGGGUUCUGGGUUUUGGGGAAGGAGGGUGGUCUUGUGAAGGAGGAGGGUGUGGGUUUAGCAGAGGCAGACACAGGUGUGGAGAUGCCGCGGUGUGGUGUAGCAGGAAGGGAACAUGCUGGUUCGGGCACGGAGCAGCAGCAUUGCGAGAUACUGCUGGAGCAGACGCGCAAGGGUGAGACGCAGCCAACAGCAGGGGAUUUAGAAGGGUUUAACGCGCCAGACGGAUACGCCAAGGCGGAAGCAGAAGGCACAGGGGAGACAAGCGCGGGGCGUGAAGGGAGCUGCAGGCGAGAUGCAGGGCCUGAGCAAGAAGAAGCGUUGACGCAUCACAAAUCUAUCAAACGAGAGGCUGUUGAGUGCCGUGAUGCGUUUGCUGGUAGAGAUAAAGCAAGUAGGGAGGGGAAACGACUGGUGCCAAGUGUGCAGCAGCGUCAGCAUGCUGGGUAUUCCCAAGGAGCAGGAGGUGAAGAGGAGGGGCCGUUAAGCCUGGCGUUGUUACCUCCUGAGGCAUUAUCGGAUGCCGAGGCAAUGUGUGCUGCUGGGGCGCUGGUUCCUUCUGAACCCAGAAGCUGCGUAGCUGCUGUGGCCACUUGUGCGGCUGCCAGUUUGAGUGCUGUGAUCAUUUGCUCUGCUGGUCCUGACGAUGCUGCCAAUACAGCACCAACGGCAGCAGCACCAGCAGCAGCAGCAGCAGCAGCAGCAGCAGCAGCAGCAGCAGCAGCAGCAGCAGCAGCAGCAGGGGCGGGGACGGCAGGGCCGUCAGCAGCAGCAACGGCAGCAUUGUCUUGUGAGACAGAUGCAGUGGCGGUUGGGCCAGUGGUGGUAGCGCAGAUGUGUGUGGUUGGGGGGACACAAGAGGUACAAGGCGAACAGGACAAGCAGGGAGAGCAGAGCGAACAAGGGCGUGCAGCAGCAGUUCUGCCUGCGGGCCUUCCUCUUGUGGGCAAAGUCCUGGGCGACGUUAUGGGCGACAAUGUGGGCCACAGUGUGGGCGACGUUGCUGUUGAGUGUCAGCAGUCGCUUGUGCCUCUGCAGUCCGCACAGGAGCUUGUUAUGGAGAAGAUGCGCCAGCACUCCCUGGCUCGUGACGCCUCUGCUGCUCUGGAGGUCCGGGGUUGCGCUGCUGCUUCUUUUGAUGCUGCUACCAUAGGCGAUGGUGUGGGAGUGGGAGUUGGAGAGGGAGAGGGAAAAGGGGAUGGGGAGGGGGAGGGGGAGGGGGCCCGGGAAGGGGGCGCGAUUCAGCGGUUUUGCUGUGGGGAUGGUGCGGGGUGCGUGGAUGUAGACGUGGGGAUAGUUGGCGUGGUGGGCUGUGACGGUGGGGAGAUGGGCGAGGAAGGGCAAUCAGUGCAGGUGCAGGUGGUGCUUGAAUUCGCUCUGGAGGAUUGCAGCGGCGUGGGACUGGAGCAGCAGCACCUGCAGGAGUACGUGCAGGGGCAGCAGCAGGGGCAGCAGCAGAAGCAGGAGGAGGAGCGAGAGCAGGAACAGCAGCAGUUGCUGUGGGGCACAGGGCCGGAGUGUACUGUUCUGAGUGUGCAGGGGGGAGGUGUGGACGUGGAGGGGUUUUUUGGUGGGGAAUCUGGGAGUGGGGGUGUAGAGUUGGCAUUAUUGGAACAGAGCGAGGACUUGGGUAGCAUGAGGCAGCACCAUGACGACGUGUGUACACAGCAGGGGGACAAGGCAAUCCCUAUGGAAUGUGACUAUGGCAAGAGCAGCGUGAGGAGUGAGAGCAAGUGUGGCAACGUAGAGGGGGGUGGCGAGGGAGGGAGAGAGGGGGACGUGGGCUCCUGUGCUCGUGCGCUGCCGUGUGGACCCAGGCAGAGUGCACUCAAAGCACUCGGGAGCACGCCUGGGAUGGUCAAGAGUGUGGAGUCCGGAUGGGAGGAGAAAGGCAAGGCCGACAGGAUGAAAACAAGGUGUUUAGAACCCCUGCAGUGCUGUUUUCAAGGAGGGGAUUCUGUGGUGGCUGGGAGCUCUGGUAUGGUUGGGACCUCUGGGGUUGCUGAUGCUGCUUGUGAGGGUGGGAUUAUGGGUGAGAAGUGUGGAGUGGAUGGGGCUGCUGGGUUGGCCGGGUUGUUUGCUCUGAGUGCGGCUGUUGAGGUGGCGCUAUGGGACUCCGACGAUGCCGUGACGGCCAGUCAUGCCAUGCACGAGCAUUGGGCGCGUGUGGAGGAGGCAGCAGAAGCAGCAGCACAGACGCAUGAGCGUGCGGGUGCACAUGAGCCAUUUGUGGGACCUUUGGAGGAGGGGGGCAGGGGCGGAGGGGCACUUGUGCAUGGGUUGCCUGCGAGCAGGCUUGCUUCUAGAAUGGCGGAUGGGUCUCUUCCAGACCAGCAGACUGAGUGCAAUUGUGCCCACGGGCUAGCUGAAGCGGGGGAAGCAGGGGAAGAGGUGGAAGCAAGCCAGUGUGUGGUUAGCCUGAGCAGCACGGGCCUACACAAGGGGAAAUCCGGUGGAGAGGGGUGUGCAGCAGUGACGGUCCACGGAGGAGAGAGGUCGGGAGGCAUAAGAGGAAGGGAGGAAGGGGAGGUGGUGGGGUCGAGAAUGCGAGUGUGGCAGGGCAAGGCGAGGGACUGCAGGGUGCAGGUGCGAGUGGGGUUCUUUCCUGACUCUCGGGGUGGGCCAAGGCGAGAGAAUGGUGCGUGGGAGAGAGGGGAGGAGGCUGUGGGAGUGGCGGGGGUGGAGGUUGAAGGUGAGGAAACAGAUGGAGUAGCAGCAAGAGCAGCAGCAGGAGCGGGUGCUGUGGUUAGCAAGAGUGGGGUUGCAAGUGGGAGUGAUGGCAUGUCGAGUGCACGCACCCAUGUGCUCAUGGCGUGGGGCAAGCAGAAGGGCCGAUCAAAUGGGCACGCUCUGAAAGGAGUCGACGGAGAGGCAGGAGGAGAUGGAAGUCUGAUGAUGAAGGUGGUGGUGGAAGGGAGUAGAGAAGAGGGCAUGUGGGAGGCUUGCAGAGGCGAGGGAGGGACGGGUGCUGCUGCUGCUGAGGCGGAGCAAGGGGAUGGGAGGAGAGGAGCGAUGGGCGGAGUGGGAGGUUGUGAAGGAGAGUGGGGUGAGGUUGUCCGAGUCAAGGGCGUGGAGAGUGGCAGGCAGGAGGAAGUGCACAUGCUACAGAGCCUCAAGGAUUUCGUUAGAGAUGCAGCUGCAGCAGAAGCAGCAGCAGGAGGAGAAGGAGGAGGAGGAGGAGGAGGAGCAGCAGCAGCAGCAGGAGAAGGAACAGCAGCAGAAGGGGCAGCAAUAGGGGGAGGGGCGAUUGAUCCUGAGGGGAAGGAAUUAAGAAGUCAAGUGGAUGCGGCAGCACCCCUGGGUAUCACCAACAUGCAUUCAAAAGCGCAGCUGGGGAUGCAAGAAGAGUGCAUACGUGCAGCAGAGGGCUCUGCUGCCCGCACCAGGCCCUUCCUCCCUGCACAACGGAAGGCAGUAGGCCCAAGGAACCUGAUGGCAGGGUUUGGAAUAGGUGCGAGUGGGUUCAUGGAGGGCUUGGGUAGGAGGCGCAGUGGUGGGAGCAUCAGUGAGGGGGAAUGUGGGGGAAAGAUCGGGGAGGGAGAGUGUGGGGACGGUGAGAGGGGCGGAGCUGAUAUGGAAGAGGGCAAGGUAGGGGCGGGAGAAGGUUCUGGGGUGGGAAUGGGCGUGGGGCGACAGCAAGGGCAGAGUGAGGGUAAGGGAAAGGAGAUUGAGGUGGGGAGGGAUUCUGCAAUGGAAGCUGAGCAGGAGCUGGAGGAGCAGCAGAAGCAGGAGGAGCAGGAGGAUGGGGAGCGACAAAAAGAGUGUGGUGAUGUGGAGGAGGAAGAGGAGGACGUGUUGCAGUCCCUUCACCUGCUUGCCCUUGCAAUCAGCUGUGCUGCCACUGGCACUGUCACCGGCACUGCCACCGGCACUGCCACCCCCGCCGCCCCCUCUGCCAGCAGCAAUGAUCGCCCCAGCAGUGGCAUGGAAGCUGUGGCUUUGCCCACCCCUGCAUCUCAUGAGUACCCAUGCUUGUCCCAUGAAGGCGUGGCAGGCCCUGUACGCGUUGCCACCCAUGGGGCAAUGCAUUGGGGGGGGUCAUGUGCACGCACCCGCCCUCGAUCUUUACACGUCUCUGCCUUGUCCUCUCCUCCUAUUCCUCUUGCUGCUGCGCCGCCUGCGUCUGUUGCUGCUGCUCCUGUUGCCGCUGCUGCUGCUCCUACUCCUGCUGGUGCUGCUGCUGCUGCUACCUCAGCAGCGCUAGUGUCUGUGACAGUAUCCAUGGUUGCAGUGACAGUGGAGGGACCGGAAGCAUCGACGGGCGUGGGCACACAGCAGGUGGUGUCCCUUGCAAGCCAGUCUGAGGUGCCCUGUGAAGUCGUCUCCUUCUCCCUCUGCCCCUCUGAUCGUCCUCUCAUGCACACCGCGCACACUAGCACCAGCACCGCCGGCAUCAGCAGGAGCACUACCAUUACCACCGCCACUGCCACCGCCACUGCCGCCGCCACUGCCAAUGCCACUGCCACGGCUAACACUGGAGGCAGCACGGAGCAGUAUCCAUCAGGUGUGGCCCAUGGCCUGGCGUGCAGUGAGGGAGUGCCGCCACUGACGUGCCUGCAGCUACCCAGCACAGCAGCAGCCAUACCAGGGGAAGAGCAGGAGGCAGGGGAGGCAGCAGGGGCAAGGGAAGCAGCAGUGGCAGCAGCUGGGGAGCAGGGUGGCUGUGUGAGCGGGGAUGGUUUGGCAGGAGGGGCAGGAGGGGCAGGAAGGGAGUGCAUCCGCAGGCAGAGGCUUACCAGGUGGAGAGCAAGUGUCCAUGCCACUGAGCAACCCAAAUACAGCCCGGUCAAUCCCGUGAGUGCUCUUAUUUAG